CAACACAGCACGGUCUCCUGAUUCCAAGGGGCGUCAUUAAUGUGACGUCUAUCAUUAUUUAUGAUUUUUUAUGGAUAAUUUGUAAAACUGGCUGUUUUGAGUGAUAACACGCUCUGAUUCAAAUUAAAAUGAUCCGUAAAUCAAGUCCACAUACAGUCAACUGAGUCUGUUCACGGCAAGUCAACUAAGGUUACGUUACUAGUGUAUGGGCCCCAUUGGACAAGGUUUCUUGCAUGAGGUGUUUGCAGUGCCAAGUGUCUCUAUAACAACCAACCGCAAUAACACAACAGAAAAAAACCGAAAGCGUUUUUUGUCAACUUUACUUCAGACUUGCAUUCUACAACAUGUCUGAAAAUGGCCACGAAAAGCCCCUGAAUGGCCUCAGCAAUGGCUCAGCUGCACAUGAGAGGCCCAUUCGUGUUUGGUGCGACGGAUGUUACGAUAUGGUGCAUUUCGGUCAUGCCAACUCAUUAAGGCAAGCUAAAGCGCUGGGAGACUAUUUGGUGGUCGGUGUGCAUACUGACGAGGAAAUCACCAAACACAAGGGCCCCCCAGUAUUUACGCAACAAGAGAGGUACAAAAUGGUACGCGGAAUUAAGUGGGUAGAUGAGGUGAUUGAAGGUGCCCCUUACGUUACCACGCUGGACACUCUCGAUAAAUAUGAUUGCGAUUUUUGCGUGCACGGCGACGAUAUAACAAUGACCGCCGAAGGCGUUGAUACGUAUCACAUGGUUAAAUCGGCCGGAAGAUAUAAGGAAGUACAAAGAACAGAAGGAGUCUCAACCACUGAUCUGGUUGGUAGAAUGCUUCUUCUCACACGGAACCAUUUCAAGCAAGGUCAGUAUGAGUACAGUGUUGAAAAAGAGCAUUCUACAACCAUGGGUCAAGAUUCUUCUGCUAGGUCGCCUUGGACUGGUUGUAGCCAGUUUUUACCUACUACUCAAAAGAUUAUUCAAUUUUCUGAUGGCAAGGCGCCAAAAAUUGGCGAUAGGGUUGUAUAUGUUGCAGGGGCAUUCGAUUUGUUCCAUGUCGGACACUUAGAUUUCCUCGAAAAGGCUCGAGAACAGGGCGACUAUCUAAUAGUCGGGUUGCACACCGAUCCAAUUGUAAAUAUAUACAAGGGCUCAAAUUUUCCGAUAAUGAACUUGCACGAACGGGUAUUGAGUGUUUUAGCGUGCAAGUAUGUUUCAGAAGUCGUGAUUGGCGCACCAUAUAAGGUGAGUGAAAGCUUAAUGUCGCACUUUAAAGUAGACAUAGUCAUUCAUGGCAAAACCUCCGUAAUGAAAGACGUUGAUGGAAGCGAUCCCUAUGAAAUCCCCAAGCGCCUUGGCAAGUUCAAAGCUGUAGAUUCAGGUAAUGAGAUGACUACCGAAAAGAUCGUCGACCGAAUAAUUCGAAAUCGGAUGGAGUUUCAAGAGAGAAACAGGCUAAAGGAGAAAAAAGAGAUUGAGUUGAUAAAAUCGCUAAAACUCAAGGGUUUAACGGUGUGAACGGUAUAUUUGCCUUUUUCUUUGGGGUUUUUUACACUAGUACCAGCACAGGCAAGUAGAAGUGUUUAAGGGAUUAUUUUCGCUUUGCUUUAUUUAUUGGAUGCUAACGAUGUACCAUCAGUUGAAUGUACUUGGAUAUUUUCUUAAAGCCGAACUUGCUCCAUUCUUUUUUAUCUUUUUGUACCAGCUUUUACUAUAGCUAUUUAAGGUUUUAGUAGUUGAAAGUGUUUUGUCUCUUAUUAGCGAUAAGCCAAAGAGAUGUACAGUAAAGUUACUUAGCCAUAAUGUUUGUGAUAGAUAAUUCUCUUAGAGUUUAAGAAUGUUCCUGUCUGUAUCUCUCCUGUUAUUUAUUUAGUUAUUUGCAUAACUUUUUUCUUCAACACUUUUUAUUUUGCAUUGUUAUGUCGGCAAGGGAUUUUUCUCAGCCAAAUUCAAAGUGUUCCGAUGAGACAAGCACAUGUUUUCCUUCAAAUCUUGCCCUAUAACUACAGUUUGAUAUGCUUGAAAACCCUUUAGUUUAACAAUGGAUCAACAAAAAAUUAUAUGCAUUUGAAUAGGACUGCCAAAUAAAAUUUUUGUCUCGUUUAUGAGACGAAUGUUUCGGUAGUAUCCACUGAGACAUGGUUAUAUAAACUAAUGAUUUUGAUUGAUUUUUAGCAUUUAGAAGAACGUGGGCUGUUUUAAAAUUUACAAAGACUAUAUUUUAAUAUUUUUUAUCACUAGGCUGUAUAAAUGUAUAAUCAAGAAAAUUUGAAGAUGACAAAUAUUGAUUACUAGUCAACAACUGCGAUUCACUGCAGUGUUUACUCGUUAUUUAUUUGGUAUUAUGUAGAUUUACAAACAAUAGGCAUUGUCAAUUUAUCGGUUUAUUGUCUUCGCUUCUUUUAUAUGUGUUUUUUUCCGAAGCUACCGAGUUGUCUAACUUUACUCGAAUGUAUAUUGUACUCUUUUUAUUGUUAAAUAUUCAAAUAAAUGUUUUUGUAAAUUA